AUGAAGCUCAUUGUAGCUGGUGCGACUGGCCUAUUGGGCACUGAGAUCAUCAGGCAGAGCCUGCAGAUCCCCGAGAUUACGCAGGUCAUUGCUUUGGCUCGCAAGCCUAUCCAAACCGACGGCAGCCUUGACUCCUCCAAAUUGAAGAGCGUUAUUAUCCAAGACUAUGGUGAAUAUUCAGAUGAAGUGAAGUCGGAGUUUGAUGGCGCUGACGCGUGUAUCUGGACUGUCGCCAUCACCCCCUUUCGUACUAGGAGCUUCGACUUUGCUGAAGUCAAACGCGUCUGUCAAGAUUGCACGAAAUUAGGAUUCGAAGCCAUGUACCAGGCUGGACCCACGCGCCCCUUCCGGUUCAUCUACUUGAGUGCAGAUGGUACGCCCAGGGACCCAAGCAAGAAGCCAGCUAUCAUGGGAGAGUAUCAGGUCAUGCGUUGCAACACCGAACUUAUGGUCUUCGAAUUUCCCAAAGAGAAAAAAGGUGUAGAGGUCUGCAUCGCUCAGGCUGGCGUCAUAGCAAAUUCAACUACGUGGUCGAGAGCUUUAGUAGCAAAUCUAUUCCGUGUUGUCAACUUCAUCGGACGCCCCUUCCCAAAUAUUGAUAGGAAUGAGCUUGCGGCGGCAGUCCUCGACCAGGCUGUGAACGGAAUUGAGAAGGAAACUCUCUCAAACGCAGAUUUAGUUCGUCUUGGGCAACAGGCGCUGAAGGCUCGCAAGUCGCAAACCUCCUGA